AUGCCUCCCCCCGGUUCCUCUCCGCGUCUACACCGCGUCGCCCCCGCGCCAGGCCCGAACGUCUUCCUCUGCCUGAUUGCAUUUCGCCUGGUAAAUGCACUGGUAGUACGCACAUUCUUCCAGCCGGAUGAGUUCUUUCAAGCACUCGAGCCCGCCUGGCAAGUUGCUUUCGGAAAAGACCAGGGGGCCUGGUUGACAUGGGAAUGGCGACACCAAUUGCGAUCCUCACUACACCCUCUCCUCUUCGCGGCAGUCUAUAAAAUCUCGGAUUACCUUGCGAUCCUUCUUUCUCUCUCUCCCGCCACUCGCGCGAAUCUCCUGAUUACCGGCCCCAAAGGGUUGCAGGCUGUGGUAGCAGCAACAGGUGAUUUCUAUACUUGGAAGCUUGCGAGCCGCAUUUAUGGAGAGGACUCUCGUGGUGCCUGGGCAACUUUGAUUGCUACUGUUCUUAAUCCCUGGCAAUGGUUCUGCUCCACAAGAACAUUUUCCAAUUCCCUGGAAACCACUCUUACUGUUUUCGCGCUAGAAUUCUGGCCAUGGAAAUGGUCAGCUGAUAUCAAAAGCGGCAAUGAUCGCAAGAAUAGCAGCGAGAAGGCCCCCGCAGAGGCUCACGCGAUCCUACUUGGGUAUGAAUUGAUUUAUUCAAGUGCUUCGAUGCCAGACGCUAAAAUAUGCUAUAGUCUCCGUAAAUGCCUGUGCUUAGCUGCAUUAGCCUGCAUCCUCCGCCCAACAAAUAUCAUCAUCUGGGCGACCUUAGCUGGAUUCGCUUGGUUUCAAUGUUGCUGGGAUCAGCGUAAGACUCUUAUUCGCGAAGUCUUACUCUGCGGGCUUGCUAUCCUAGCUGUAUCAGCAGGGGCUGAUCGCCUCUUCUAUGGGUUCUGGACAUUUCCUCCGCUACGCUUUCUAUACUUCAAUAUCGCGCAAGGCCUAGCGGUGUUUUAUGGUAGCAAUGAUUUGCAUUACUAUCUUUCGCAGGGCUUCCUGCUUCUGCUAACUACACUUGUGCCUUUUGCGGCUACCGGAUUAUAUUACACAUUGAAAACUCGAACUUCUACAGCCUCCGAUAAGCUUCAGACUAUAAUCAGAGUGCAAUUAGCGACAACAUGCAUAGUGAUGCCCUUCAUUCUGUCGAUUGUUUCGCACAAAGAAGUUAGGUUUAUCUAUCCUUUGCUUCCCUCACUUCAUAUCUUGGCCGCGCCACGCUUGGUACAAAAGUUCUGGCCGGCUCUGGAAUCUAGCUCCCAUGUUCAUACUCCCACUCGGCUCCUUCUUAUUUUCCUCAUACUUGUCAACGUCGCAAUUGCGACAUACACAUCCUAUUUUCACGCCGCGGGGCCUCUCAAUGUUCUUACUUAUCUUCGUCGUCAACACGAAGCCCAUUCUUCUGUGAACAGGGUAGAGGAAUAUCCUACAUUUCAAACUUCUUCGACGCCUGAGACUGGAAUUACUGCAGGGUUUCUGAUGCCUUGUCAUAGCACUCCAUGGCGCUCCCAUCUUGUUUAUCCCUCAAUUGAUGCAUGGGCUCUUUCCUGCGAACCACCCAUCGAUAUGAACAAAACACAGAAGGCUGUCUACCGGGAUGAAGCCGACCAGUUCUAUGACGACCCAAAUCAGUUUCUGCGCGAGCAUAUGGGCGGCGGACUCCGCCAUCUCCCUCGUCGACCAAGCUACAUAACUGGGUCGCGACAACUAGUUAGCGACGACAACCCGACACUGCAUGAAUGGCCCGAUUAUCUUAUCUUCUUUGCGCAACUAGAACCAACUAUGCGAAGCCUCAUCCGUGGCUCCUCAUAUGGCGAAUGCUGGCGCACCUGGAAUACACCCUGGCAUGAUGACUGGCGGCGCAGUGGAGAUAUUGUUGUCUGGUGUCUCGAUCCAGCCGAACAGGACACCUGGCGUUCAGACACACAUCGUCGCGCGCAAGAAAAUCGCGAAAUUCAAUUUGAACGCAUAUUGACUUCUUUCAAGAAUGAAGCUGCUCGUCAACAAAAACGCGGAUGGAAGUCCCUGGUUUCAAGUUUCCGCUCAUGGUCCAUGUCCCCCUCUUCAUUCUCGUUCACCUCAUUGAAGCGCUCCACUCUAUCCAUUUUCUCAUCCCACUCGCAUUGGCCCUGGAAGAAACGUUCUCGUCUUGAUAUGUUCCUCGCCAACUUCCGACGUGGGAACUCCUGGCAUGAUUGGGUUCCGUCUUGGCCGGAAUGGCUUGGAGGGCCAACUGCGAAGAAAAUCAGUAAAAGAGAGCGUGAGCUGUGGUCAUGA